AUGAACACCAUCCCUCUUUCAAACAAUACAAUAUCUCGAAGAAUUGAAGAAAUGUCUGAUGAUAUUGAGAUGACAGUAACAGCUAAAAUUAAAAGCAGUAAAAUUUUCGCUAUUCAAGUUGAUGAAAGCACAGAUGUUGCCAAUUGUGCUAUUUUGCUUAUUAUUGCAAGGUAUUUGAAAAAUAAUGAAGCUGAAGAAAACUUUUUGCUUUAUCAUCCUCUGUCACAACACACAAGGGGUGAGGAUAUAUUUAAUGUUAUUGAUUAUUUCAAAGAAAAAGAGAUUAAUUGGUCUAAUUGUUGUGGAUUAUGUACCGAUUGUGCCAAGUCUAUGUCAAGGAUUUACUCUGGUCUUUGUGGUCUUGUCAUGAAGGUAGCUCCCAAUAUAAGUUGGAGCCACUGUUGCAUCCACAGACAAAGUUUAGCAUGCAAGAACCUCUCUGGUGAAUUAAAACAUGUUUUGGAUGAAGCUGUAAAAGUGGUGAAUUUUAUAAAGUCGAAGUCCACAAACUCAAGAAUUUUCAAAGCUCUGCAUGAAGAGAUGAUGAGUCCUCAUUCUACUCUGCUCCUUCAUACAGACGUAAGGUGUUUUUCUCAUGGUAAAGUACUUACCUGGCUGUUUGAACUUAGAUAUGUAGUCCAUGUGUUUUUUGAAGACCAUCCUUUCUUCCUUGCUUCCAAGUUACACAUCUGUAAUUGGCUUCAGGUGCUUGCAUAUUUGUCGGAUAUGUUCCAGAAUAUAAACAAAUUAAAUCUGACACUUCAGAAUAGCUCAAUAACAGUCUUCAGUGUCUCAGACAAAAGUGAAUCUAUGAUUAAAAAAAUAGAUUUUUGGAGGUCAUGUCUUGAAAAUGGCCAACCUGAGGUAUUUGAAACUCUGCAUAAUUUCUUAUCUGAAAACAAGCUUCAUCUAUCCUGGGAAAUAAGGAAGAAAAUAAUUGAACACUUGACUGCACUAAAAUCGGACUUCCAGAAGUACUUCCCCAAACCUGAAGAAGAAAACUAUUGGAUUUCAAAUCCUUUUGAAGAACAAUAUGCCCAGGCAGCUAAAUUAUCAGUUAAGGAGAAAGAGAAGUUGAUUGAACUUUCAACUGACAGUACUUUAAAAGCCGAAUUCAAAGGACACUUUCUUAUUAACUUUUGGGGAAACAUCAGCGGAGAAUAUGAACAGCUUUCUGACAAGGCCCUUAAGUUUCUUUUGCCAUUUACAAGUACUGAACUGGCAGAUAGAGCUUUCUCUUCUUAUGUCUUUAUUAAAAACAAAUAUUGUAAUAAGCUGAAUGCACUUCCAGAUUUAUGA